AUGUUCGCUCAAGUAUCUCUUGUCGCGUUGUCGCUUGCUGCGUAUUCCUCCGCGAUUUGCACGAAGACAUAUACUGUGAAGUCGGGCGAUGGAUGCGACGCUAUUGCUCUAGCCAACAAUGUUUCCCAAUACCAGCUUCAGAAGCUCAAUGGAAACAACAUCUGUCUCCUCCUCACUCCUGGGCAAAGCAUCUGUCUGACUGAUUCGACUUAUGACUGUCAACCAGUUCAUGCAGUCGUCUCGGGGGAAACUUGCUCCGCGAUCGCUCAGAGCAAUGGGAUAACAUUGUCCAAGUUCCUAUCUAACAACGCUCAACUCGAUCCUAACACCUGCCCCAUCUACCCCGGAUUGAAUGUUUGUGUUGAUCCUGAUAGUACUAACCCAGGUGGCGAUUGCACCAGAACGACAGAAAUUCAAGCCGGCGAUACUUGCGAUGCCAUCGCUGGUCGCAACGGGAUUUCUACGUACAUCAUCCAACAAAUUAACCCCGGGAACACCUGUGCUGGUUUGCUCGCCUUCACCCAGAUUUGUGUUGACUCCCCCGCGAAUAACUGCGCGAAGAUCUACACGGUUACUGGAAAUGAGGGAGGCUGCGAUCCGAUUGCCACUGCGCAGGGAAUUACGUUUACGAGGUUGAGGGAGUUGAAUCCUAAUAUUGACGCGUUCUGUGGGAAUAUCUAUCCUGGGGAGGUUCUGUGUGUUCAAUCCAAGUAA